GACCAAUGGGCUUGGAGCAUUAAGGCCACGCCCCUAUUCUGUGUUCUAGUGGGGUCCUGGUUACGCCUCCUCUGGCUCAGUCACACAGCUGCCCAGUAAGUGACUGGAGGUGUUCGCUGAUGUGGCCCCAACCCUGCCUCCCUCCCCACCCCAUGAUGUUAGAAGAAACUCGACAGAGCAAAUUGGCAGCAGCCAAGAAAAAGUUAAAAGACUAUCAGCAGAGGAACAGCCCUGGUGUUCCGGCAGGAGCGAAGAUGAAAAAGAAAAAAACUGGCGGUGGCCCUCAGACAACCACUUCUGGUGGUUGCCACUCACCUGGGGAUAGCCGGUACCAAGAACUGGAAGUAGCCCUGGACUCAAGCUCCGCAACAAUCAAUCAACUAAAUAAAAACAUAGAAUCAUUGAAACAACAGAAGAAACAAGUGGAACAUCAGCUGGAAGAAGAAAAGAAAACCAACAGUGAAAUACACAAAGCACAAACGGAGCAGUUAGAGGUGAGUGGGAAGGUGGGGAGUUUUCUCCUGUCCUUCAGAGAAUGUUUCUUUCCUUCUCUUUCAGAGCUUGCUUGGCUUUUCUCCCAAACAUGCAAUUCCAGACAAUCAACAUUCUCACGUUGGAAAAGGCAGACUUGAAGACCACCCUUUACCAUACUAAACGUGCUGCCCGACACUUCGAAGAAGAGUCCAAGGAUCUGGCUGGCCACCUGCAACAUUCUUUGUGGCAUAUUAAAGAAUUGGAGUGGGCUCUCUCUGCUGUGUCUACACAGCAGCAGGAAGAGGACAGGUCCUCGAGCUGCAGUGAAGCAGUUCUCCAGCGGCAGUUACAUCAGUCCAUAAAGGAGCGGGCACUGCUGAACGCACACGUGACACAGGUGACAGAGUCACUCAAACAAGUCCAGCUAGAGAGAGAUGAAUAUGCUCAACAUAUAAAAGGAGAGAGGGCCCGAUGGCAGGAGAGGAUGUGGAAAAUGUCGGUGGAGGCUCACACAUUGAAGGAGGAGAAGAAGCGUGACACACAUCGGAUACAGGAGCUGGAGAGGAGCUUGUCUGAACUCAAAAACCAGAUGGCUGAGCCCCCAUCCUCAGUGCCUCCAGGAGGGCCCUCUGAGGUGGAGCAACUACAAGAUGAGGCCAAACAUCUGAGGAAGGAGGUGGAGAGUUUGAUGGGAAAUCUUCAAUCCCAGGGGGAAAACAAUCAGGCUUUGAGUCUCCUGAGCAAGGAACAAAGGGAGAGGCUUCGGAAACAGGAGUGGAGGCUCCAGGAGCAGGAGGAGAGGAGGCUCCGGGAGCAGGAAGGGCUGUGUGAGCAAAAGGAGAGGCUUCGGGGGCAGCAGGAGAGGCUGCGGGGGCAGGGUGAGAGGCUGCAAAAGCAGGAGGUGAGGCUGCGAAAGCAGGAGGAGAGACUGCGAAAGGAGGAGGAGAGGCUGCGAAAGCAGGAGGAGAGGCUGCAGGAGAAGGAAGAGAGGCUGUGGGAGAAGGAGGAGAGGCUACAAAAGCAAGAGGAGAGGCUGCGAAAGCAGGAGGAGAGGCUCGCGCUCUCCCGGAACCAGAAGCUCAACAAGCAGCUGGCCGAGCCACAGUGCAGCUUCGAGGAUCUGAACAACAAGAACAAGAGCACACUGCAGUUGGAGCAGCAAGUAAAGGAGUUGCAGGAGAAGCUGAGCAAGGAGAUGGAGGAGGACAUCUGGACAGUGAGGAGGAGGAGGCACCUCAGCCUGUGCCAAGCAUCCCAGAGGACCUGGAGAGCCAGGAGGCCAUGGUGCACUCUGAGACCCCAAGUGAAGGGGCUGUGCCCCACCUCCCUGCCCCAUUUGUUCUGGGUAUGCCCCUACAAGAAUACUCAGCUCUUGCCUUCAGGUGGCAUUUUUCAACUCCCUGGAGCCAGUGCCCAGGAGAAGCAGGCAUGGCUAUGUGGGCAGCGGAAGGUGCGAAGGCUGUGCUGCCAGCACCUGGCUCACCUGGUGGCCUCGGCCUGGAAGGAGCCAGAGGCAGAGGCCCUGGUCCCAGGGACCGGGGGUGAGUUUGUGUGUAGGGAGAUCUACCGGGCCCUGCAGGGGGCCAUGGAGAAGCUGAAGAGCGGGUUUAUGGACUUCCUGGAGGAGAAGGCGGACAGGAAGGAGCAGGUCGAGAAACCAGAGCUUGGAUUCAUCAAGCUCUCUGGAGCAACAGAAGGAGAGUACCUCACCAUAUAUGAGAGCCAGGGGGUGGUGCCAAACAGGCGGCACCGGGAGAAGGAGGAUGUCAUCAGGCUGGCCCAGAAUGAGGAGGAGAUGAAGGUGAAGCUGCUGGAGCUGCAGGAGCUGGUAUUGCCGCUUGUGGGCGACCACAAGGGGCAUGACAAAUUCAUCGCUGCUGCCCAGAACCCUGCUGAUGAGCCCCCUCCAGGGGCCCCAGCCCCCCAGGAGCUUGGGGCUGCCGAUGAGCAGGGUGAUCCCUGCCUCCCCUUCUCCAAAGAUCUUUGUGAAGUGAGCCUGGAUGACAGCGUGGAGCCUGCACCAGGAGCGGCCAGGGAGGGUUCUCCCGAUGACAACCCCACUGCACAGCAGAUCUUGCAGCUGCCUCCUGUAAUGCAGGACACCCAGGAGCACCCAGGCUUGCCCAGCAAACCCUGCAUGCCAUUCUUUUACCGGGCAGCCAAGAACAGGAGAUAAACAUCAUCAUCAUCUAAGAGCUGGUCAAGAAAUUUAAAAACAAAAACAACAAAAAGUUAUGGGGUUAAUCUCCUACACAAUUCAUCUACCUCAUUUGAAUGUUAGAGCCAUUCAUGUUUAUUUGUGUUUCUAAUUUAGUUUAAAUUUAUUUGUAAAAAGUUAACGGAGAGUGGAUCUUUCCCUGAUGUUAACUCUAGCAUCCUUUAGCAUUUUUAUUUUUUACUUGAUAAUUUUAGGUCAUUAGCAUGCAUAUCGAGUUUGCCCUUAGGUGGUGGGAGUUCAAACAUACAAAGACCCACUAUUUGCACAAAACUAUUCUUGCUGGUUUGGAAUAGACUGCCAUGCUUUUUUAAUGUUAUUGCAGCAUGUAUAUUCAUUAUGGAAUUCAGAUAAAAUUUGCUUAUGUUCUGCUAUUGUGUUUGAUCGAAUCCUAAUCACAGUGAGCCCUUCAUUAGCUCAAUAUGUGGUUUGCCCUCAAGUGCGCACUGUUUAUUACUUUGUAAUAUGCCACUGUGAGUACUGACAUUUAGAGUUGUUUAAAGGCUGAGAACUGGAAACAGCCUUUCCCCUAUUUUCUGUGUAUUGGGGAUGGGCGUAAAAACAUUUUGUGGAGUUUUUUAAAAUCUCACAGAAGAGGAAAGUGGCCUGCUCUGGCAGGUGUGUGUAGGAUAGAGUGUGUUUCAUUUGUUCUGGUGCCAAGAAUGAGCGCUGUACUAUGGUAGUUCCCUUAGGAUUUGUAUGUGCUCUGGGCUCAUGAAGAUAUUGCAUCAUGAGCUGCAGCAGUUGUACUCUUUCUCAGUGACCUAAAAAGGGAUUAUUUCUGAGAAAUGAAAGGCUCCCAUCUUUGACUGUGGAUGUGGAAAACCUUUUCUAGCUUAGAGCAUUUAUAUCUACAAUACAUUUUAAAGUCAGAGUUCAUGUUCCCUGUUUUAAUCACAUGACUACAUGUCCCAGUACACAAAAGGGCACUGGUUGGCAUUCUUCUUAAUGUAUUUAGUAAAGAUCAUAAGAAAUCCUUUAAGAGUUUAAAUGUCCCUGAAACAGGCAUACAGGUUCUAGUCAAGAAUGAAUUGGAGUGAAGGAAAGCUGUGUGACACCUGGCAUUCUUCUAUGUUCAUGGAGCUUCUUUGAGGCUAGAAGAUUGGUUUUACCAUCUAGACUUCUCUGGCUAAUACGUAUUCUUCAACCACAUUGGUUAUUCUGACAUAGGAAUUACUUAUUUUCCUUGAAUGGAAAACACUGUAAAAAUAAUAACCACCAUUAUUAAAACCAAUAUAUGUGAGAGUACUUAGUUGAAACAAAAAGGAGUUUUAGUAGACAGUAUUAUACUACAUUUGAAAAUCAAGGAGAAGUUUAUGCAACUUAAAAUGUUUACAAGCUGCCAUGCAAUCUACUGUUUGUGAAUGUCAAAGUAUUAUGAGGAAAAGUGUCUAUACAAUCACAGAGUUAUAUUUCCUCACAAAGUUCUUUACGAAGAGUGAAAUAUGUUUUUAUACCUCUCGGUUUCAGUUAGAGGCAUAUUUUGUGCCAUAUUUAUGUUAAUGUGCCUAUACAUGAUGAAUGAAUUAUUUCAGUCAUACAUUGCCUAAAUCAUAACUUUAUGAUGCUUGGGAAAGAAUCAACAGCUAAAACUUCAUGAAGUCCUAAUGUCUGUGUUCCAAAUACGUCACAUUAUUAGGAUGUAGGGAGAGAUAUGUGUGUGCUUCCUGGGGUGGGCAUUUCUAGUUACUAGACCAUCUCCAUUUUUAGCAUUUGGCAUCCUCAUGAUACUUUUAUACAUAUGACAUUAAUAGGAGAGCAAUAAUAUGAUUUUACAGAUGGAAUAACAGAUUUGCCUGCAUUCACUGAAAGGGUCCAAAUAUUAAUCCCUGUGACUUCAACUGACUCUUCCAAAUUGUAUGAAUUUAUCAAUGUAUUAGAUAAACUCAGUUUCAGAAUUAUAAAGAAAAAAUGUUAGACCAACUAAUGUGGCUAAUUAACAGUAGUAUGAUUUCUAGCCGGAGAGUUUAAAAUGGACUUAAAGUCCUGUUCUUGCCUUUUAUUUUCUGAACUUGCUGCUUUUGCAUUCUUUGAGUUCAGUUUAAAGACAGUUACUUUAAGUCUAUUUUAGACCCUUGGGCUAGAAAUCGUACCACUGUUAAUUAGCCACCUUGUUUGGUCUAACAGUUUGUCUUUAUAAUUCUGAAACUGAGUUUACCUAAUACAUUGAUAAAUUAUUUCAAAGGUAUUUUUAUAGUUCAAUUCACUUCACUUUUACCGUGAUACAUAUAAAUGACUAGGAAUGACCUUCAGAUAGCGUUUAGCAUCUGUAACCAAUCUGACAAUAAUGUGUUCAUCAGGUACCUAUGGAUUAAAUCACACACUGGCAUAUUUAAGCUGAAUGUCAGUCUGGAAAAUAAACGUACUAUAUUAACUGAAAUACCACUCUUUGUGUAGAUAUUUUGUCAUUUAUUUUAGAAAAAGCUAAAAAGAAUAGAAAUUGUAUGAUAAUAACUUAAGUCUUUCUUCAAAGUGCAUGCGGUCCUUUGCAAUACCUCAUUCAGUCAAGUAUUUGUUCUCUUCCUCAUUCAGUGUAAGGCAGCUUUCAAUUUGCUUAGAAGGCAACAUUAGAAGGUUAGAGUUUAUCAGAAACAAAGAAUUUUAAAGUGUGAGUUCAACUGAAUAAAUUUGAAUUUCUGUAGGAAGUAAAGAAUUAAAAUACCUAUUUAAAGAUUGCAAUAUAUAAACGUUUUUAAAGUAUUUGAUUAAACCUGAUAGGUUUUCCAGAAAUGAAAAAAAAAAUCGGUUCUAAAACCAAAGCUUACAUUUAGAAAAUGUGAAAAUAUAAAUCAGCCCUAUCCAUAAUAUAGUUUCUCUAAAACUUUAUCUUAAAGAGUCAUUUUAAAAGAAUAUAACUUUUCAUAAAUGUAACUGCUAUCUUAAUGUUUUGAAAUAAGUUAAAACACUUUAAAAUAUGAAUACUGUAAUUUGAAAGAAAGAAACUGAGGGAAGGAAAAGUAGAGAAAGGAAUGCCAAUUCCAGUGCAAAGCUGUAUUUGCCAAGUUUUCUUAGAAUGACUUUUACCGAUUUAUGAAUUCUUGUAAACAGAGUGUAUAAUGGAAAUACUGAAACACUGUUGCUUAAAGUGGCACUAUUGACUGCUACUGUGAUGCUACUGUAAUGUAAUAAAUUAUUAAAUUGUUGCAAAGUA